AGACACAGACUACCCAUUAAACAAAUGGAAGCGCAAUACAAUUGAGCGUGGAGCAGCGACUAGAUCACGCCGAGACUUGAUCUAAGAACCUUCACACAAAACAACCUCAACUGGACAUGCACAAGGAGAAACAAGGGGUCUGCUUGAACACUGGGUUUCAGUAACGUUUGCAAUUUCUUCCCCCAAAAAAACAAACAAAACAACAACAACAACUAUAUGUACACGGAGCGUCUCGUGUUUUUAUGUGAUUCUUAUUCCGAUUAGACAUCUGAACUCUCAAGAAAAAGACAUCACGUCUGCCAGUUUGGACUAUUUAUAUUGAAAGACUUGCAGUUUUUUUGCUGAUCAAAAUGGGUUGUUGCACAGGACGAUGCACGUUGAUAUUUCUUUGCACUUUGCAGCUGCUGGCAGCAUUAGAGAGACAGAUUUUUGAUUUCCUUGGUUACCAAUGGGCUCCUAUUCUCGGAAACUUUCUUCACAUAAUAAUUGUCAUCUUGGGCCUGUUUGGAACCAUUCAGUACAGGCCGAAAUAUAUUGUGGUGUAUUCUGUCUGGACCGCUUUGUGGGUUGCCUGGAAUGUGUUCAUUAUCUGUUUUUAUUUGGAAGUAGGAGGGCUUUCGAAGGACACUGAUUUCAUGACCUUUAACAUCUCUAUGCACCGCUCCUGGUGGCGGGAGCAUGGGCCAGGCUGUGUGAGGAGGGAGGUCCUGGCACCAGCCACUCGUAGCCUUGACGACCACUCUUACAUAUCUGUGACUGGCUGCAUCGUCGAGUUCCAGUAUCUGGAGGUCAUUCACAGCUCCUUUCAAAUACUACUGGCUCUCAUCGGUUUUGUAUACGCCUGCUACGUGAUCAGUGUCUUUACAGAGGAAGAGGACAGCUUUGAUUUUAUAGGUGGACUUGAUUCAUACACCUACCACCACUCACCCCAGAAAGCUUCCCCUGUCCAGUUAAAGCCUGUUUACCUGUAAGUAAAGGAAUUGGUAUUUUGAACAAUACAUCUCCUUUUCUAACUGGACUAAAUGACUAACCCAAUAAGUAGUUACUGGUACUAACUACUGCUGAACAACCUGUUAACAUAUUGUGAACACACUGCUGCUUCUGAUACGUAGCAGUAAUUCACCUAAUAUUUUAUGUUCACAAAGAAAGGCUGACCACAUGAUCAGUUUCCGUGCUUUAUUUGGUAAUGUGUACACAUGAAUAAUUACAAUUAAUUACUUUAUUAUCAGCCUCAUUGGACUGCCAGUGCUAAAGAUGUAAAAUGAUUUAGCAAAGUUAUGAGAGCUGGUGAGACAUGGGCUGCCAGCGCUAUUAGAUUGGUGUCUAAGCCACCCUCCCCCUUGCUGAACGAGGCUUGCAGCAUAGUGCUGGAUUGGGAGGUAGUGGUUUAUUAACCAAAGUACAGGGAAAAGGGGGGGUUAUUGCUUUAACACACACGCUUUAACACUCUUUCAAACCAUCUUGGGUUUUGGAACAACAGUCAAUACUAAUGACUAAUUAUACAUGUGUUGCUAAAAGUCACUGGUAUCUACAGAUCUGUAAUGUCUGAUAAAAAGCGUAAUGGGAUGCUGUCCUACUUUUCUGUCUUUAACAUGAAGCCUAAAAUCAACUUUGACAGGUAAGUUAAAUUUCCAUUAGUGUAGA